AAUGCAUUGUCAUAUUAAAAUGUAAAUACAUGGAGUGUAAAUGUAUUUUAAAAUGUGUUUAAUAUUUUGGUAUUGUUUUCAGAUAUAAAUGAAUGUGAUGAAAAUGCUUGUCCAAGCAAUAGCAUAUGUAUCAAUACAAUAGGUUCUUACAAAUGUGAUUGUGAAUAUCCUUUAAUUUGGCAAAAUGAUCAAUGUUACUUACUUGAUAUUGAUGAAUGCAGUGAAAAUGAUUUACUUUGCCCUAAUAAUACUAUUUGUAUCAAUACUGUUGGCUCCUAUGAUUGUUAUUGCCCUUUUGGUUAUUAUGGAAAUGAAAAUGGAACAUGGUGUGAAGAUAUUGAUGAAUGUUUGGAUGAUAUUCCUAAUUGUAGUCCUGAUGCUACUUGUUUCAAUACUCCUGGAUCUUAUGAAUGCCACUGUAAAUCUGGAUUUACAGGUUCAGGAUUUGAAUGUACAGAUGUUGAUGAAUGCAGUGAAAAUAAACAUGUAUGUAGUCAUAUCUGUAUAAAUUUUCCUGGAGGAUUUGUUUGUAGUUGUCAG